AUGGCAGGUUUCCGAUAUCGUCCAGAAAUCCUGGAUGGGAUGCCAGAAAGCGAUAUCAUGUAUCUGAAAGAAUACGAGGAUUGGUUUGUCUUGGAGUCAGAUGAAUUAAAGAAGAUUACGGACCAUUUUGUCAAGGAAUUGGAAAAAGGCCUUACAAAAGAGGGUGGGAAUAUUCCCAUGAAUGUCACCUGGGUUAUGGGUUUCCCCUCCGGUCAUGAGACAGGACGAGUCUUAACUCUCGAUAUGGGAGGAACCAAUCUGCGCGUGUGCGACGUUUGUUUAUCAACGCGAAAGAGAGAUUUCGAGCAGACUCAACGCAAAUUCAAGUUGCCAGAUGAAGUCAAGACAGGCACUGGAGAGCAGCUAUGGGAUUUCAUAGCAGGGCGACUCGAGACUUUUCUCCAUGAACAUCAUGAUGGGGGUCAAACAGGCACAACUCUACCUUUAUCCUUUACAUUUUCUUUCCCAGUCGACCAAAAAUCCAUACGAAGUGGAGUUCUUCAACGUUGGACGAAGAACUUCAAUGUCUCAGGAGUGGAGGGACAGGAUAUCAUUCCACAACUUGAGGCUGCCUUCAAAAGAAAGAAUCUUCCCGUCAGGAUUGUCGCACUUAUCAACGAUACAACCGGAACACUUAUCGCCUCUCACUACCUGGACCCCCAGGUCAAGGUAGGGAGCAUUUUCAGUACAGGGUGUAAUGCGGCUUAUAUGGAAGAAUGUGAAUUGAUCCCCAAGCUCGCUGAUAUUGGGCUGCCAAAGAAUGCCAAGGUGAUCAUCAACACUGAAUAUGGCGCAUUCGACAACGACCACAAGGUUCUACCAUUGACUCCCUUUGAUCGGCAAAUAGACCGUGAAUCGGCAAGGCCUGGCACUCAGAUCUACGAGAAAAUGGUCUCGGGGCUAUACAUUGGAGAAAUGUUACGUUUGAUCAUGCUCACUCUGCAUGAGCAGGGUAGAUUAUUCAAGGACCAAGAUAUCACGCGACUUCGAAACGAGAAUGCACUCGAGGCCUCAUUUUUGUCUGUUGCGGAGUUAGACUUCUCAGAUGGGUUGGACGACAUGCGCGAAGAAUUCGAAGAAAGCCUGGGUUUAUCUCCAAACUUGAAUGAACUCAAGAUUUGUCGAUAUCUGAUCGGACUCGUUGCAACACGAGCUGCACGACUGUAUGCCUGUGGAAUUGCAGCUAUUUGCAAGAAGAAGAAUAUGCGGAAAUGCCAUGUUGGGGUCGACGGCUCAGUGUUUAACAAGUACAGUGGAUUUAAAGGACGGGCUGCUCAGGGACUACGUGAUAUAUUUGACUGGCCACCCAAUGAGCUCGAAUUAAUUGCGCUUAAUUCGUCUGAAGAUGGAUCGGGUGUUGGUGCUGCGUUGGCUGCGGCAUUAGUCCUCGAGGGCGAACAAAAAGCCAAACCCCUUUGA